AUGUUAGUAGUCAAACCAUAUGUUUUUAAAAACGAUAAUAAAAAUUAUUAUAAAAAGAAUAAGAUAGUAAAAAAAUAUGAUCAAAUAAAUCCAGCUUAUAGAGCAAAUCAUAAUUAUGAUCUUCGUUUAAUUAUUCUCCGUCAUGGUGAACGUAUUGAUCAAAGUCUUGGUCAUGAUUGGUAUGAUAAAAUAUUUGCUGGUAUUCCAUCAGCACCUCCACAAGCUUACAAACAUAAAUCAUUACCGUAUCGAUUACCAUAUCGUUCAAAUACUUUACUCUAUGUAUUUGAUCCACCACUAUCACGUACAGGUGAACUUCAAUCUUAUUAUAAAGGACAACAAUUAGCACAAUUAGGUGCAACAGUUGAUUAUUGUUAUGCAUCACCUGCAUCACGUAGUAUUCUUACAGCAAAUGCAAUUUUAAAAGGUAUGAAUUGUAGCCAUAUACCAAUGCGUCUUGAACCUUAUUUAUUUGAACCGAUGAAUUGGAAUUCAGCGUUAUUAUUACUUGAUAAAAUAAGUCCAUUUAUGUCAACAGGUGAUUGGAAACAAACAGGUUAUAAUAUUGAUCAACGUUAUCAACGUCUUAGUAAUUAUUUAAAUCCAUAUGAAACUGAAAUAGAUUAUUAUCAUCGAAGUCGAGAAUUUUUCGAAUCAAUUGAACGUCAUCAUAGUAAAAUAUUAUCUCCGACUUAUAGAAAACUUAUUCCAAGACGACAUACAACUAUACUUAUUGUUGGUCAUGCAUCAUCAACAGAAAUGCUUUCAACUAUUGCAUUAAGAAAACAAUUUAAUGCAAAGAGUUUUGCUGAUCAAUGUGCUAAAGUUCCAUAUUUGCAUACAACUAUUCUCGAACGUGAUGCAAUCAGUCGUCAGUGGAAUAUACGUCGUGUUAUGAAUCUUGUUUAG